GUUGUAUAUCGAUGACAGCUCAAAUGCUUGAUGUACAGAAACUACGUAAAUUAAAGUGAUUUGGGCGGUAAUAACGCGUGAAAAAGUGAUAUUGGUAGGGAGUCAUCGUGGUGUUGUAGGUAUUUAGCGCCCUGCUUUGUGUGCUACGUACAUUUUUCAAAAAUAUUUCGAAGAACCAAUAACUGCGCAGUCGCCGAAGAAGUAUUUUAUUUUAUACGUCAGAUAAAAAUAUUGUUUGCCGAAAGGACGUGGCAUUAAUGUGUUGCUCGUGGUACGAAAGAAGAUCUUAGUCUGAAAAAAUUACAAGGAAAGAAUAUAUAUUCAGCUGAUCUGGUUAAUUGCAUACCAUUAAGUAUGGGACUUACUAUUUCUAGUAUAUUCACUCGCCUUUUUGGCAAGAAACAAGUUCGAAUCCUGAUGGUUGGUUUAGAUGCUGCAGGAAAAACCACCAUUUUAUAUAAAUUGAAGCUUGGUGAAAUAGUUACAACAAUUCCUACCAUAGGUUUUAAUGUGGAAACAGUUGAAUACAAGAAUAUAUGUUUUACCGUUUGGGAUGUGGGCGGUCAAGAUAAAAUUCGACCACUUUGGAGGCACUAUUUCCAGAACACUCAGGGCUUAAUUUUUGUUGUAGAUAGCAAUGAUAAGGAUAGGAUUUCAGAAGCACAGGAUGAGUUAUCCAAAAUGUUAAAAGAAGAUGAACUCUCUGAAGCUGUGUUACUUAUUUUUGCAAACAAGCAAGACUUACCUAAUGCAAUGCCAGCUUCAGAGCUUACUGAAAGAUUAGGACUAAAUUCUCUCAGAAACAGACGGUGGUAUAUUCAAGCUACUUGUGCAACACAAGGUGAUGGAUUGUACGAAGGUUUGGAUUGGUUAUCGAAUGAACUAGCUAAGUCAUCAUAGAUUUUGAAGGAAUGUUUUUUGAAAAUGUUUCAUGACCAAUUACAUCAUUCAAGAACUGAAAUGUAAUUUUGCUGACUCUUUUUACAUUUUUUUCUGAUUGCAUUGUCAUUCUGUUUCAAUUGGUUGAAUUGGCAUGAGGUAUAAAAUGGGGUGGGCAUGUUUAUGAUGUAUGUUUUUAAAGUAUUAUUUGUAAUGGAAGGAGCUUGAAGAAUGUUUAGAAAUAACUAUAUCUGAGACAGUUAUAAUGAACAAAUUUAUACAUACCAAAUCUCAGAUAUAGAUUUUCAUUUGUCAAGUCUCCAUGCAUAUUUUUUAUGAUAUGUAAUUUUAUUUGAACAUGUUUUUCCCUUCAAAUAGCAGAUAAAAUGUAAUAUAAAAUGUAAAAGAUCUCUUUUAAAAGUAUCAGCUAAUAUUUUUAUGGCUGGUUGAAAAUAUUACAUACUGUAAUGUUAUCCAUUUAAAGAAUAUUUUUUAAUAAUACUAGAUACGUCAUAUUAAAUUAAUGUGAAACUGGAUAAUUGGAAUGAUAACUGGACAUUGUAAAUAAUAUAAAUUAUUUUUAGUAUUAUUAAUUUAAGGGAUUGUCUCAAGCUCUUAACACUUGCAUAACUUUAAGAUGUAGUGCUUUUUUAAAUUCAAGUUCUCAUAUUUUAUUAUGACAUUUUUAUUUUAAUCAAAAUUUAUUCACUUGAUUUUGUGAUAAAUAUUUCGUGUUGAAAUAUUUUGCAAUUAAAGCAAUAUGUGAAAUCUCCCCAGUUAUAGCUAAAUUCGAAAAAAAAAAAAAAAAAAAAAACAUCUAUUAAAACUAACCUGCCCUACAUUUAAUACCUAUGUCACCUCUAGUUUGUAUUAAAGUAUUUUGAACAUAUUUGCAGCUUUGUUUCUGUCAACUCUCAUUUUCUUUGCUCUAUUAAGUUUUAAUAAUUUAGUCAGAUUAAUUUGUUUGUGAUGUGUUUUAAAAAUGUGAGCAUUCCUUCCAAUGAUGCAAAAAUAUAUGUGAGGUGAAGGAUUACAUAAUUAGAGCGACACUUUUUCCUCCUCAAAUGCACUUUCAUGUUUUAUUUCAUUUGUUUUGUAUUUUCAUAUGUGUCCAUUAAUUUGUAAUAGAAUAUGAUUUAACAAUAAAACACUUUUGGGAUUUAU